ACCACCCAAACCUCACCAUAACUAAACCUCCCCACCAUUUCCACAACCCCCCCUUUUAACCCGUUUAUUGUUAUUAGCACCACCACCGCCCCACCAUGCCAGGCAGUCUAGAGCCUUUGGAUUUAGUCGGAGUUCAGAUUCCCUAUCAUUUCCGGUGUCCGAUUUCUUUAGAGCUCAUGCGCGACCCGGUUAUCAUCAGCACCGGCCAGACAUACGACCGCCACAGCAUCGAGUCCUGGGUCGCCACCGGCAACACCACCUGCCCCGUCACCCGUACCCAACUCCCCGACUUCACACUCAUCCCCAACCACACGCUCCGCCGCCUCAUCCAGGAGUGGUGCGUCGCCAACCGCUCCUUCGGCGUCGAGCGAAUCCCGACACCGAAGCAGCCCGCCGACCCGACUCUGAUCCGGUCGUUGCUGUCCCAGGCCGGGUCGCACUCCAACCCUUACCCGACCCGGCUCGCCGCGCUGCGACGGCUGAGAGGACUGGCUCGCGAUUUGGAUAAGAACAGGUCUGUCAUCUCCUCCCACAUUAACGCGCGGGAAAUCCUAGUCAACAUCGUCUUCGCCGACUCCGGCCCCGACUCGGAGCUUAACCGCGAGGCGCUGGCGCUUCUGGUAAUGCUGCCGCUGGCCGAGUCGGACUGCGUGGCAGUGGCGUCGGACCCGGACCGGGUCGGGUUCCUGGCCCGGCUCAUGUUCCAUAAUUCGAUGGAGGUCCGAGUCAACUCGGCCGCGUUGAUUGAGAAUCUAUUAGCUGGAUCGCGGACGGCGGAGCUCCGAGCGCAGAUAAGUAAUGUCGAUGAUAUCCACCACGGCGUGAUUGAAAUCCUCCGCAACCCAUUAUCCCAUCCUCGGGCAUUAAAAGUCGGGAUCAAAACACUGUUUGCGUUGUGUUUGGUGAAGCAGACGCGGGACAAGGCCGUGGCGGCCGGAGCGCCGGAGACGCUGAUCGACACGCUGGCGGAGUUCGAGAAAUGCGACUCGGAGAGGGCGCUGGCCACGAUAGAGCUGCUGUGCCGGAUCCCGGAGGGGUGCGCGGCGUUCACGGCGCACGCGCUGACUGUGCCGCUGCUGGUGAAGACGAUACUGAAGAUCUCGGACAGGGCCACGGAGUACGCGGCGGGGGCACUGUUGUCAUUGUGCUCGGAGUCGGAGCAGAGCCAAAACGACGCCGUGGCGGCGGGGAUAAUGACGCAGCUGUUACUGCUGGUGCAGAGUGAUUGCACGGACCGGGCCAAGCGGAAGGCGCAACUUCUGCUCAAGCUUCUUCGGGAUUCGUGGCCAGAAGAUUCUGUCGGAAAUUCUGAUGACUUUGUUCGCAGCGACGUCGUUUGGUAGUUUCUUUUUUCUCCUCCUAUUUUUCAUUUCUUCUUUAGUAAUCUAAAUUAUCAUAAUUUUUAGGUUUAAGAAAAGGAAAAGUGGAAAACCCGAAGGGAAGAAGAAUUGAGGUGGUAGAUUUUGGUAUAUAGAUAUGAUGUAAUUUUUGUGUAAUCUUUGUAUGUAAGAUUUUUUUUGUUUAGAAGCAGAUGAUUAAAAGAUAGAUAAUUGAGUUACUGAAGUGAUUUUUUUUUCUGUUUUUUUUCCUUGAUAAAUUGGUGACAUACUUGAGAUGAUACCAUUGGAAAGUUGUAUGUGGAAUCUUUAUGGUCAUUGGGUGAAAU